CCGGGUGGGGACGCGCCCCUCUGGUCCCGGCGGGGCUGGCCCGGUCUCCCCGAAUUCCAAGGGAAAGCUGGUGGGUGGGGCGGGAGGAGAAGGGGAACUGGGAGAUCAGAGGUCAGCCCGGGGUCAGGGGACGCUGGAGGGUAGCCGCGGGCGAGGCUGGGCAUCGGGGACCCCGGGGAGGUCAGGAGUCUUGCGCGAGUCCCCCUCCGGCCGUGCAUGGGGCUCCCCAGCCUGCGGGCGGCGGCCGGGGCCCUGCGGAGAGCCUGCGGACCGUGGACGCCGCGCGUGGGACGGCGCCUGCUCGGCUUGCCCCCCAUGGCCGGGAAGGCGGAGGCCCCGGCGCCCGCGGCGCCCCGGCAGGAGCGGGACGGGAAGGCCGGGAGCGGCUGGCACGGCGCGGGCAGGGUCUGGGAGGACGCGGAGCAGCCGGCGAAGAAGCUGAAGAGCAGCGGCGAGGACGGGGAGCAGCCCCGGAAGCUGCCCAAACGCAAGAUCGUGCUGCUCAUGGCCUAUUCGGGGAAGGGCUACCACGGCAUGCAGAGGAAUGUCGGGUCCUCGCAGUUCAAGACCAUUGAGGAUGACCUGGUGUCGGCCCUGGUCCGGUCGGGCUGUAUUCCCGAGAACCACGGCGAGGACAUGCGGAAGAUGUCGUUCCAGCGGUGCGCCCGCACAGACAAGGGCGUGUCCGCAGCUGGGCAGGUCGUGUCCCUGAAGGUGUGGCUGAUUGACGACAUUUUAGAAAAGAUCAACAGCCACCUCCCGUCUCACAUUCGGAUAUUGGGACUGAAGCGCGUCACGGGCGGCUUCAACUCCAAGAACAGGUGCGACGCCAGGACCUACGUCUACAUGCUGCCCACGUUCGCCUUCGCGCACAAGGACCGCGACGCGCAGGACGAGACGUACCGGCUGAGCGCCGACACGCUGCGGCAGGUGAACCGGCUGCUGGCCUGCUACAAGGGCACCCACAACUUCCACAACUUCACCUCGCAGAAGGGGCCCCGGGAGCCCAGCGCCCAGCGCUACGUCCUGGACAUGUUCUGCGAGGAGCCCUUCGAGCGGGAUGGCAUGGAGUUCGCGGUCAUCAAGGUCAAGGGGCAGAGCUUCAUGACGCACCAGAUCCGGAAGAUGGUGGGCCUGGUGGUGGCCAUCGUCAAGGGCUACGCGCCCGAGGACGUGCUGGAGCGCAGCUGGGGCGAGGCCAAGGUGGACGUGCCCAAGGCGCCGGGGCUGGGCCUGGUCCUGGAGCGCGUGCACUUCGAGACGUACAACCGGCGCUUCGGCGGUGACGGGCUGCACGAGCCGCUGGACUGGGCGCGGGAGGAGGCGGAGGCCGCGGCCUUCAAGGAGCAGCACAUCUACCCCACGAUCAUCAGCACCGAGCGGCACGAGAGGUCCAUGGCCCAGUGGCUGAGCACCCUGCCCACGCACGACUUCAGCGCCACUGCCCACGCGGCAGCCAGCCCCGGCGCCAAGGUCCCCAGCCCCCAGGAAGGCAGCGAAGAGGACGGAGACAGUGACUGAGCCGGGACGCCCCGGAGACACGUGCACCAGGAGCCGCCACCGCUGCCGCCGGCCGCAUCCCUCGCCAAGACGGGAGCCAAGGCGCGGCCUCGCCACCUCAGGGCCUCGAGACCCACAUCAUUCUCAGCUUCCCUCAGGAGAACCGGCCGCCAGUCUGUCUCAGCUCAGCGUGAACUCUGUACACCUCAGCGUGUAAAGACACUAUUUUUUUAAGGAAAUGAUUUUCUUACUAAAUAGAUACAAGCUUUGCUUAGUCA